AUGAUUUCCAAUAGCAUGAUGCUACGGCUACCUCGCCGUUCAAGGGUAUAUGGACAAAGUUACGACUCACCACCCAAGCCACACAGCCCUGCAGAUUCGGGCUACGCCUCGAGAGAGAACUCCCCUGAGACUUCGAGGCCACGCAAGUCGACGUGCCUCCUGAACUUCGAUGGGUCGGGCUCCUGGGAAGCUGCAGCAGACUCGGGACUCGAAGACGGGGAGCCCAGAACACCAGUAUCGAAGCACCGGCAGAGUUACUUUCCCACCCCAAAGACACCUCAGCGAGCCCGUCCAGGCGAAAAUCUCGACGGUAUUUCCCCUUUCAUCUACGCGAAAGACGCCAACUCCCUGCCCCUUCAAGACAAACGAUUCGAUCCGAAUCGACGGAAACUAGACAGAUACGUCCCGAAGCGCGAUCAUGCGUCCCCUGUCGCCGAAAGAUAUCGAACCAAGAAGGAAAGCCAAGAUCUCUCAACCGAAGAGAGGUUGACAAGAAGCAAGCAAGCAUCCGCAGAUCCCUUUGCUCUUCGUCGUAGAGCCUUGACUCCUGACCAACGGUUUCCUUUUCGAGUUGACGAGAGUGUUGUCAAUCGAGGUUUGUCAGGCACAAAAUUGAUAGAGCGCCCCAAGCUGAUCCUUGAUGUCCAGGUACAGCUCUUAGUCAACUCCCACAAAACCGGGGAGGAGAAAGACAAGUCAGCGUGGGCGCCAUCUAGUCAGUUGGUGGCCUCGUACCCAGCGCAAUCGCCGUUGACGACGGGCAAGGACACCUCCUUCAACGUGGAACAAACGCUCGCAUAUUUCCGACCCCUUUCCAAGAAAGCUUGUGCUCGACUUCUGCCAGAGCCGGCCAAUACCACGAAGUCCAAUCUUCCUCCGAGACAAGCAAAGAAACGUCUUCUCCCUGCUGCUCCAUUCAGGGUCCUCGAUGCGCCAAACCUCAAAGAUGACUUCUACUGCUCUCCGUUGGCAUAUUCACCUACAUCACACACUCUUGUGGUCUGCCUGAGCAACUUGCUUUACGCAUGGUCCGAGGCCGGAGGUGUACACAUGAUUCAUGGGGCUCAAGCUGGCACUUGGCUAAGCUCAGUGUCAUUCUCGUCUGCCCAAGGAACCAGGGCCGUUCUUGGAAUCGGCCACUCAGAUGGCUCUGUGGUUCUGAAGUCCCUAUUUGACGGAUUACCCCGUUUCGAGGUCCGGCAGCCAUUUCCCAUUUCCUGUGUGAGCUGGCGUCCGGUUUGCACACUGCGACCAUCAAAGAAUCCUCUUAAUCCAGGAGUCCCCGUUCAAACUGAGGAUCUGGUGGUCGGUGAUGAGGUAGGCAACGUCUACUAUUACAUAGUGGAAUGGCCAAUGAACUGGGAAGUUUCCAGAGAUACUUGGCCAGGAGCAGUCACUCUCAUGGCCAAGAUUAGCAACAUCCAUUGCCAGCAGAUAUGUGGCCUCGCCUGGUCGUCCGACGGGAGACUCUUUGCCACCGGAGGGAAUGACAACCUCUGCUGCCUUUUUGAGGUGGACCAUGUUCUUGGGCAGCGUCGAACGGAAUCUGCUCGGUCAGAAAAUGGAUAUCAAGGGAGAUUUGAGGCCCUCAGCCCCUACGGCGGUAUUGAGACAAGAGUUACACGGCCAUUUUAUUCUCCACAAGACGUUUCAGGGACGGAAGAUGCGUCUGAAUCACCAAUUGCGGCUGAGAUGCGACCGCUUCCAAACUCGAGCGACGCAGUCCGAUAUCUUGGGCCUGGGGCCGAGAGACACCACUGGGAUCACGAUGCUGCCGUCAAAGCCAUUGCUUUCUGCCCCUGGAGACGCGGUUUGGUCGCCACAAGUGGUGGCUCCAAUAACAAAUGCAUCCACUUCUACCAUACGACAUCAGGGGCGGCUCUGGCAACCAUUGCCGUGUCAGCUCAAGUGACCUCGCUCAUCUGGAGUACAACUCGACGAGAGAUUGUAGCCACGUUUGGCUAUGCCCAGCCGGAUCAUCCUUACCGGAUCAGCGUCUUCAGCUGGCCAGAGUGUAAGCAGGUGGCAGCGAUACCUUGGGAGGGCGAGUUGAGAGCUCUCUACGCCGUUCCAUAUCCUCGGGGGCCUGCAUCUGACAGUGACGUACAACGAGAUGGAGGAUUUCAAGAGGGAAGCAUUAUCGUUGCAUCAAGCGACAAGAGCAUCAAGUUUCACGAAGUGUGGUCGAGCGAAAAAGGGGCAACAGUGGGUGGCAGUGGCAUGCUUGGAGGAAGUGACAUACUCGAGGGGCUGGAAGGGAUCGACAAGGAAGGGGACGUGAUUCGAUGA